UGGGAGGACAGGCUCUUCAGCUGAUCGAGCAUCCUUGUGUUCCUUGAUAAGCCUCAACCAUGAAGUCCACUCUGGUGACGGCCCUUCUGGCCGCCUCCUUGGCCGAAGGCCACUACAUCUUCAGCCAGCUCGUUGUCAACGGCAAGAACGUCGGCCAGGACUACACCUACAUCCGCAAGAACAGCAACACCUACAUGCCCUCGUUCCCCAACGAGGUCAUUGACUCUCCCGACCUAAGGUGCAACAAGGGCGCUAAGCCCGGUGGCAGCGUCCAGACCUACGAGGUCAAGGCCGGUGACAAGAUCGGCUUCAAGCUCGCUUACAACGAGUUCAUCGAGCACCCUGGCCCGGGUUUCGUCUACUUGUCCAAGGCCCCCGAAUCCGGCGUCGCCACGUACGACGGCUCCGGAGAUUGGUUCAAGGUCUACGAGACUGGUCUGUGCAACCCAAGCUCCCCCGGCAAUGACGGUAGCUGGUGCAGCUACCAGAAGGACCGCCUUGAGUUCACCAUCCCCAAGGAACUCCCCGCUGGCGAGUACCUCGUCCGUGUAGAGCACAUCGCCCUCCACGAGGCGUUCAAGGACCGCGCCCAGUUCUACAUGGAGUGCGCUCAGCUCAAGAUUGCGAGCGACGGAACCGGCACCCCGGGUCCCAUGGUCAAGAUUCCCGGUCUCUACAAGGCUGAUGACCCCGGUAUUCACUUCGACAAGUGGAACAACCCCAAGGCUAACUCCUACGUUAUGCCCGGACCUGCUCUAUGGCAACCAUAAGUCGGUAACGGAACCAGACUCCGAUGACAAUAGUUACGAUUUGGCGAGAUAUAUUAAAGCAUCGCAAAAUAUUCUGCGUAUAUCUCACAUAACAUGAGCACUAUAGUCUUCAAGUUAAUUUAGAAUGCAUGAUACUAUUUACUUUCGUGAUUUUUCUCUCUUAAAAAGGUGUUACAAUAAGCACAUAUAUUACAGUUGCUUAUGGGACUCGUAUAGUCUCUAAUUUCUAGUUCCUCUGCCACAAACUAUCGCUUCAAGAAAUACACCUGGGCAAUUGGUGGGAUCUAUGGGUUCCGGCGGUAAUAAACACACAUUUUGCACGCUCGCAUAAUAUUUCUAGAGGACAUAGUUGAUUCAUCUAUUGAUAUUGUCCGUUAAUAUGUGUAAUUUAACAGCCACUACGUGUACAAGGUCGUGACGAGAAUAUAAUACUUCAAUUCC